AUGAGUCAAAAUCAUCCUCAGACUUCUGAGUCAUCUACCCCUGGAAGCAAUAUAUCAAAGAGACCCGACAACCCUCAACAACAGAGUAGGAAAGUACCAAACAGACCAAAAGAAAUGUCGUCUCAAGCAGCGGCGCCCAAACACCAGGCACCCAAAGAAUUACCAGAUUUCAUCCAGGAAAGAAAUGUUCUGUUUGAUCAACUGAAGAGAGAACAUGAUGAAGCCUUGGCCAGUAAGGAGAAACCAACAAUUGAGAUCAAUCUCACAUCAGCACCUGGUCAACAGACCGUCAUCGAAGGCAAAGCCUGGGAGACCACACCAGGUCAUUUAUUGAAGAACGUCCCCAAGGAUCGAGCCGGUCAAAUCGUUGUAGCCAAGGUCGACGGUGAAUUAUGGGACCUUGACCGACCACUUGAGAAGAGCAGCAAAGUGGUCUACCUCACCUUUGAUGACCCAGAAGGACGAGAUGUAUUCUGGCAUUCCUCAGCUCACGUUCUAGGUGAAUGUGCCGAACAUGAAUAUGGCUGUCGUCUAUCUCACGGUCCCCCAACAGCCAUGGGCUUCUUCUACGACAUGGCCCUUCCACCCGGACAAGCCGUACGCGAAGGUGAAUGGCCAUCCCUCGAGACUCGAGCUAAGAAAUUCGCCAAAGAGAAACAAGCAUUCGAACGCCUCGAGGUCUCCAAGGAGAAUCUACGAAAACUGUUUGGUUACAGUAAAUACAAAAUGCACUACAUCGAGAAAUUCGUUCCAGACGGCGAGUCCUCUACAGUCUACCGCAACGGCACACUCGUCGAUCUAUGUCAAGGCCCCCACAUCCAAAACACACGCAAGAUCGAAGCCUUCAAGAUUAUGAAGAACAGCUCCGCCUAUUUCCUCGGCGACCAGAACAACGACAGUCUCCAGCGCAUCCACGGCGUGGCAUUCCCCAACAAACAACAGCUGAAAGACUGGGAGCACUUCCUCGAAGAAGCCAAGAAGCGCGAUCAUCAAGUCAUCGGCCAGCAACAGAAGCUCUUCAUGUUCAGCAAACUCUCCCCCGGAUCACCCUUCCUUCUCCCCCACGGCGUCCGCAUCUUCAACGCCCUCCAAGCCAUGCUGCGCGAACAAUACUGGGACCGAGGCUACCAGGAAGUCCAGACCCCCAAUAUGUACGACGUCGAACUCUGGAAGACCUCCGGCCACUGGCAGCACUACCAAGACGACAUGUUCCGAGUGCAAAUCAAAGAAGACGCCUCGGACCCAAUUCCUCUCGCAGACAAAGCCCCCGACGGCAAGCCCCUUCCCGCGGGCGAACCAAAAGACAAAGACAAGGGUGUUUUUGCGCUGAAACCCAUGAACUGCCCUGGCCACUGCCUGAUGUUUCGCGAUGAAGAACGCUCGUACCGCGAACUCCCCUGGCGAGUUGCCGACUUCGGCGUCCUACAUCGCAACGAAGCAUCCGGCGCACUGUCAGGCCUCACCCGCGUACGCAAGUUCCAACAGGACGACACACACAUAUUCUGCACCAACGAACAGGUCCAAGAGGAAAUCGAGGCCUUGUUCGACUUCAUGAAACACGUCUACGGCCUGUUCGGCUUCCCCUUCAAAUUCAAGCUCUCCACCCGGCCCGAGGGCUACAUGGGCACAAAGGAGGAGUGGGACUCGGCGGAGUCGCGCCUCAAGCAGGCAUUGCAGAACUUCCGCGGGGACGACUGGGAGCUCAACGAGGGUGACGGCGCGUUCUACGGCCCCAAGAUCGACAUCACCAUCCAGGACGCCCUGAUGCGCGAGUACCAGUGCGCGACCAUCCAGCUGGACUUCCAGGGCCCGCAGAACUUCAAGCUCGAGUACCGCACCGGCGAGGGUGGCGACACCGCGGCCGCGAAGCAAGACGGCGAAGCCGCAGCUCCACGCGACCCUAAGGCGCCUGCUCACGGCAUGGCCCGCCCAGUCAUGAUCCACCGCGCGAUCGUCGGCUCGUUCGAGCGCUUCAUCGCCAUUCUCUGCGAGCACUUCGCGGGCAAAUGGCCGUUCUGGCUGUCCCCCCGCCAGGUCUUGGUGAUUCCCGUCAUGAAGGGUGCAGAGGACUACGUGCGCGAGAUCCAGGGCAUUUUCCACAAGGCGAGACUCUACGUCGACAUCGAUGUCAGUGGGAAUACGCUGCAGAAGAAGAUCCGCAGCGGGCAGUUGGCCCAGUAUAACUUCAUCUUUGUUGUCGGCGCCAAAGAACAAGAGACUCGCACCGUCAAUAUCCGCAACCGCGAUGAUCCCGCCACACAGAAAAUGGGUGAGUUGAUUCCGCUGCGCACUGCGUUAGAGCGACUCGUGGAACUGCGGGAUGAACGUCGGAUGGAGAGUAGAAUCAACAUGCAUGAGUAG